AUGGAAGAAAUUUGUAUAAAAUUGGACAAAGUUUUACUUGAAUAUAUGGAUUUAAUUUCUAUAUAUCAAGAAAAUUGGCAAAAGAUAAGCAAGGAUUUAGAAUGUGGCUAUUUACAACUUGCUCAUUCAAAAUAUACUAUGGGACCUGGUAGAUUAAGCAAAGACCAAUUUGAUGGAAGGAUGCAAGCUGUUACAAGAAGUUUGAUAUCAGAAAUUGAAGAAGAAAAUUUAAAGGAUCACAACUAUCAAUUUACUUUGAUUAACGGGUAUUUGGAAAAUGAUGAUAUUAUUCCGGAUGAAUCAGAGUCUAAUCAAAUUAAUAAUAAUUCCUCAACCCUUCGUCGACGCAAUAUAAAGGAAUCCGAAACCGAACCGAAUGUUAAAACUAAGACAGAGCAGCCUUCCAAAAAACAAAUUGUACGAGAUCCAAUACAUUGGUUUGGACUUUUAGUUCCGUCUACCUUAAGGGAGUCACAAAAACAUUUCAAACAGAGUCUAGUUAAUAUGGUUGGUCUCUUAAAUAUACGAAAUGAAAUAUUAAUGAAAGAAGUUCAAUUCAAAAAACUGAAAAAUCAGAAAGAAAUGAUUAUGCAAGAGUUAAUCAAGUCAAAAGAAUCAAUCAACGAGGAAAAAAAAACUCAAGAAAAUGCAUUGUAA